UUGAGGGCUCUUUUUAAAGUUAUUAAAUAUAUACACGAACGACCGCAACAGAUGACGAUCGGUACUAUUUAUGCAAUCACUUUAACAGAAGUCUCUCUAUUAAAAACAAUAUUGCAUAAAAAUACUCGUUACCUUGGCAAAACAUAUUCUCACGAUUUGAAAAAAUUAUUCAAAUUUUCUUACAAUACGCGAAAACUUUUAACAAACGUAAUUAUUCCAAUAAAUGAAGAAAUGAAAGUGCUAAAAAAAGUAUUAAACGAUCCGCAAAUUUGGAUGCGAGAAAUACCUUGGAAAAAUGAAACUAUAAGUGCGAUGUUACCGCUUCCAUCUCAACGAUUAUCAUAUGCAAAUGGUGAAGAUAUAAUAAUGAAAGGAAGACCUAAUGAAUAUGAAAGUGAUUUUUGUCUCGUUGAAAUUGUUAAACAAAACUUUGAUAAUAAAUGCUUGAUACCUUACAAAUGCAUACAGAUGAUAAUGAAAAAAGAUAAUCCAAGAGGAUAUCCUCUUACGCAUAGAUUACUUAUUAUACAAACUUUAAGGGCAAUGCGAUGUAAGGAAAAUCGAAUGAUACCGUAUUUGAAAAUGUUACCUAUCUAUUGUUCACAUAUUCUUCGAGAUAUGAUUGAUAUUGAAACGAUUGGAUUUCCUUAUAACACACGAGAUCUGUUAAUGGAACAAGUUGUUUUAUGCGGAUCGGAAGGAUAUUUGGAAUUCAUGGAUAAACAUUACGAGAAUUUAAUUUUAAGCUGGUCUCAUCCUAGUGGUUGUUACAGUGCAUUUGGUUACGGAGAGCUUAUACCGAAAAGUAAUAUGAAUACCGAUUUUGGAUGCGAUAGUCAUGCUACGGGUCUUGGAGCUGCAAGUUUAGCAUUAUUUAUUCGCAAAGAUGUAGAAACUGUAUUUCAAUGAAUAUUAAUUAAAUUUCCAUUUUUAUGUAAUACGUACAUACCGUAUACAUAUAUUAUACAUGAUUAAAAA